AGAAACAAUUAAAGAAAUUAAAGAUGUGGUGGGGGUCCAAAGUCCACGUCGGUGGUCGUCACGUUCGAUAUGCCGCCACGCAACGACAAGCGGCGAUCCCAACGUCGGCGGCUUCCAGGACAUUACAUAUGUCGGUGGUGCCUCCGCUCAAUUAGCUCUUCCCAUACGUGGCAGCCAAGCAACACCCUCCCCCUACUCGUAUCUCCCUCCUCCUCCCUCUCUAUAAAUCCCCCUUUCUCCUUUCCCUCUCAUCCCAUCCCAUCCCGCCAUGGACACCUCGCCCUCGGCACAAAAGCAGAGUCCGUACCGCGGCGUUAGGAUGCGGAAAUGGGGCAAAUGGGUCGCCGAGAUCCGAGAACCCAAUAAGCGAUCCAGAAUCUGGCUCGGCUCCUAUGCUUCGCCGGUCGCCGCCGCACGUGCCUACGACACCGCCGUAUUCUACCUUCGCGGCCGAUCCGCGUUUCUGAACUUCCCCGAUGAUGUGCCCGCCGCCGAUUCAGGUGUGGCUGGCGGGGUUUUGUCGCCUACUUUCGUUCGAAAGCGCGCCGCGGAGGUCGGUGCCGCGGUUGACGCGAUUCUUGUGCAGAAGAAGACGAAGAUGACGGGGAAGCGUUUUAAGGGCCCUGAUUUGAAUCGCCAGCCCAGCGCCGAUGAGACCUACGGCGAUGAUUGAUUUAAUUUGGUCGUCUUCUAGAAUUUGUUAGGUUUAGUUAAGCUUUUGUUUUUCUUGUAAAGAGUAGGCUGUUAGCGGUCCGGUUUCAAGCAAUUCAGUGCAAGUUGGUAUUUAGAUUCCAGCCGAAAUUCAAAUUAGUUUUCGAAAAAUAUUCAAUAAAAUUUACAAACCUGCUAAAGAU